AUGACCUUACAAAUUCCUAAUGAUCUAUUUAAGCAUAAAACAGCAGCCUCACAGCACUUGUCCAGCAAACAGUAUCAAAAGUCCAGCAAACAGCAUCACAGCAACUUUAUUAAACCCAAACAGCAGCCUCACUCCCACCGAAAACAACUUUUCAGCAACAUCAUUAGCCUUGUAAUGGCUUCAAAUGAUGAAGAUGAGGUAGAGGGGGCUUGUUCCGACGAGGAACCACAAGAUAAUGAUGCACAACAAAUAGAACAACAACAUCAACGUAAAACAAGGCUUACAAACGACAUGAGGCAUCUCAUUUUACAUGAAAUGUUGUCACUUAAAGUAAGUGACUCACUCCCACAUGGUACAUUCGUACGAAUAGCAAACAAAUACGGUUACACACCAAGAACAAUUCGAAACAUAUGGAAACGUGCAAUUGAAACCAGAGAAGAAAGCAAGCCUUAUGUUGUCGAUUCAAAGUACAAGAAUUGUGGAAGAAAAAGAGUUCAAGUGCCACCAAACGUACUUGAAUCAAAACCAAUGGGUGAACGUACAUGCAUAAGAGAUGUUGCAACAUGCUUAGACUUGGCACCAACAACGGUUUGGCGAUUGAUACGAAGGGGGGAGAUUAAGGCACAUUCAAAUCCAUUACACCCUUAUUUAACAAAUGCAAACAAGGCAAGAAGGGUUGAGUGGAUUUUAAGUCUCAUUCAAGAAGAUACAAUUCAUCAUCAUCCAAUGUAUAAAGGUAUGUAUGACUUCAUACAUAUUGAUGAAAAAUGGUUUUACUUAACCAAGAAGACACAAAGAGUUUAUCUAGCACACAAAGAAAAUAUUCUAUAUAGGGCGGGAAAGUCAUCAAAAUUCAUUCCAAAAGCCAUGUUUUUAGGGGCGGUUGCAAGGCCUAGAUGGAAUAAAUAUGGCCAAUGCACAUUUGAUGGGAAAAUCGAAAUUUUCCCUUUCAUAAGUAGGGUUGCAGCACAAAGAAAUUCAAUUAACCGUCCAAGGGGGUCUAUAGAAAUUAAACCAACUGACUCGGUUACUCAGGAAGUUUAUAGGAGCAUGCUCAUUGAACAAUUAAUUCCAGCAAUUCUUAGAAAAUGGCCAAGUGAUGGUCCAUCGAUAAUUUUCAUCCAACAAGAUAAUGCAAGGGUUCACAUAACAAAUGAUGAUCCAAUUAGGCAACAAAACAACAGGCAAGGGGGCUUAACAUUCAUUCUAACUCAACAACCACCAAAUAGUCCCGAUUGUAAUAUUCUAGAUUUGGGUUUUUUUAGGAGCAUACAAUCACUUAUGCAUAAGAAAUGCCAAAGAACAUGA